AGAUCCGAUCGGGUCAAUGUCUGAGCAUCAGAAAUUUAGUGGUAAGGUGAAGCCCGUUCCCAGCUGAAAAAUGGUUUAACGAGACGAUUUUUAGAAUAAAAUGCGGUUUAUGCGAAUUGUUUAGUCGGAAGGUUGGGUUUCUUUGUUUUGGUGUUCGCCGUGAUCUUUCCGUCGGGACGUGAAACGGUUUGAUGGACCUGUAGUCCGCGCGUGCGAAGGAAUCGGAAAAAUUGAGCGAGGGUGGUAGCAAGAAAUGUGAUAUGACCAUAGGUUCUUAAAAAACUGCUUUCGAAGACAUGAGCGGUCGUCCCAGAACUACGUCCUUUGCCGAAGGCAACAAGCAGCCAUUGAAUCCUCCGCUGGGAGGCAUGAAAAUUAGCAGUGGCUACACAGGCAAGGACGGGAGCAAAGUGACAACCGUAGUGGCUACGCCAGGGCAGGGACCGGACCGGCCUCAAGAAGUCUCCUACACGGACACCAAAGUGAUAGGCAACGGCAGCUUCGGUGUCGUGUAUCAGGCGAAACUGUGCGAGACCAACGAGUUGGUGGCCAUCAAAAAGGUCCUCCAGGACAAGAGAUUCAAGAAUCGUGAGCUACAGAUCAUGAGGAAACUAGAGCAUUGUAAUAUAGUUAAACUUAAAUAUUUUUUUUACUCCAGUGGAGAUAAGAAAGAUGAGGUGUACCUGAAUUUGGUUUUGGAAUACAUACCAGAGACGGUUUAUAAGGUAGCGAGACACUAUAGCAAAUCGAAGGGGACUAUACCGAUCAGCUUUAUUAAAUUGUACAUGUAUCAGUUAUUCCGAUCGUUAGCGUAUAUCCACUCGCUGGGCAUAUGUCAUCGGGACAUCAAGCCGCAAAAUUUGCUGCUCGAUCCAGAGACGGGCGUGCUGAAGCUGUGCGAUUUCGGCAGCGCGAAACAUUUAGUGAAGGGCGAGCCUAACGUGUCCUACAUAUGCAGUCGAUAUUACCGGGCCCCGGAAUUGAUAUUCGGUGCCAUCGAUUACACCACCAAGAUCGACGUGUGGAGCGCCGGAUGCGUACUGGCCGAGUUAUUGCUCGGCCAGCCGAUUUUUCCGGGCGACUCCGGGGUCGAUCAACUGGUCGAAAUAAUCAAGGUGCUCGGCACGCCGACGAAAGAACAAAUCAAGGAGAUGAACCCGAACUAUACGGAAUUCAAGUUUCCGCAGAUCAAGUCGCACCCCUGGCAACAGGUGUUUAGAGCGAGGACACCGGCGGAGGCGAUCGAAUUGGUGUCGCGACUCCUGGAGUACACCCCAUCGUCCCGAAUAAGCCCCUUGCAGGCGUGCGCCCAUCCCUUUUUUAACGAACUGCGCGAACCCAACACAAGGCUACCGAACGGCAAUGAGCUGCCACCGUUAUUUAAUUUUACCGAACACGAAUUAAGCAUCCAGCCUGGACUAAACAACAUCCUCAUACCGGAACACCUGCAAAAGGGCGGGCAACAAGAUGGCGGCGCGACCGCCUCGGGGGCGGCCGACUCCAACGAUUCGUCGCCGUUGCAGGCGGCGGCGGCAGCAGCAGCCGCCGCCGGAUCCGGUAUCGCUUAGAUAGUUUACGUUAUUAUAUCUACGACACACAAACACACACACACACGAGGCAGUAUCAUUUUUAGUAAAACAUUUUGUGUGCGAAAGAAAGAGAGAGGACCGCCCUGUACUAUAGAAUUACCGAUAAUAUACGUGCGAUGUACAAAAGGAUUCAUUUGUUUGUAGCUACGUGGCAUUUUUAUAUACAUAUACUUAAUGCCCCGCCCCCCUCACUCCUACACGCCCCCUUCUUUGUUCUUACGAUUUUUUCGUUUUCGGCCGAGUUUGAGUAAGCGGUUUUUCAAAAUCUCACGCGCGCGCGCGCCCGCCCGCCCGCGCCCCUCCUCACCUCAAAAACCACAUUCGGCAUACGGAAAGUGUACAUAUUGAAAAAUCUGGCUUCGCGUAUUCAGUGUAUAUAGGUUAAUUUAGCUAUUGAUUUGUAUAUUUUAGGUGUUGUAUUGUCGCAAUACAUUUUACGGUACCGGAAAAAGAAAAAUGGCGAUUUUUAUUGUACGUCCGUACAUUACGACCAGGUUUUUCAAUAGGCGAUAGGCGGACGUUCGUUCGUUCCGUCACUGGCGCCCCCGCCAAUUUGAAGGAACUUUUUUUUCUUUCUUUAUUGUCGCCGUGUCGCGCGUUGCGAUUGUAAUAAUCAUGAUUUUAUUAUUACUAUUACUAUUAUUAUUAUUAUUAUUGUCGAGAAGAGAAAACAAAAUUCGAACGGUAAUUUUACUUCGGUGUUAUUAAGUUAAGAAUUGUUUCCUCCGAUUUUUUGUACUUGAGAUUUUAUUUUAUCGUUUGUUGAAAGGUAGACUAAAGGCUAUAGACAUACGUUUCCUUGUUGACACUAAUUAAUUAUUAUCCGAGAACCUUAGAGGACGAGAUUCGACCAAACUUGCUGUUGUAGAGGCCUGCAAAAAAUCUAAUAUAAGUUAUUUAACAAUC